CAAAAAGGUGAGUUUCGUGUCUCACACCCUCAUCACCAGAGAGGAACAACAAAGAAAGCGUUUUGACAAGUUUUGGACUGGGAUCCCUCUUCACUGGAUAGGGACCCUUUCCUGUCUAGGCAGGAUGGAACAGUGCACGUUGAAGCCAGAUGUGAAAAGAAAUCAACAGAAACAGCCUUUACCUCCACCGAAGCCUGCAAAGGAGGCCAACAGGAACUUGAUCCAGACAGAGACUAGAGGGAAACAAGCCAGAACUCCAGUGGUUCCAUCCAGAGUUAGACCCACUGCAAAGGAACCAAUUAUUAUGGCCAGAAACGGCAGUCGCAAGAGGACACAGGCAGAGCACAUAAAGGGCUCAACAGAAAUGGACAUUUCACCGAUUAAGGCCUCUGAUCCCCGAGAAGAUGAGACCGACUUCAAGCAGGACAAAUUUGGGGGUCUUGGUGGAAUGUUUCAGAAAUUACAAAAAGAUCCAACCCCUACCUUUACAAGCUACAUGUCAGAUAAUGAGACGCCUGAAGAGCCCACCCCAGAAAAGGAGCAGUCCUCUGAGAACACCAAGAAGAGGCUGAGUCAGGCCAAACAAGACAAAGGAGGACUGAUGAGAGGAAUGUUCCAGAAAGCAACUAAAGACAAACUCUCUUCUCCUUCACUGACGGACAAUCUCUCAGUUCACAGUGAGCUUUUAGCCAGCAACAACAGUAUCUCUGACAACAACAACAUCAAAGAGAAGGGAGGCAUCUUCAGUGGAAUGUUCAAGAAGUCUACCAAACCUGUGGAAGAACCACCUCAAACAGAAGAGGACCAGCAGUCGCUACACAGUGAACUCUCAGCCAGCAAUGACAGUCUCUCUGACAACAACAACCCUAAGGCAAAAGGAGGACUUUUCAGUGGAAUCCUCAAAAAAUCCCCCAAAGCUCCUCGAGAGGGCACACUUGCAGAGGCAUUACACGGUGAACAUUCAGGCAGCAAUGACAGUCUUUCUAAAAACAACAGUAAAGAGAAAGGAGGCAUAUUCAGUGGAAUGUUCAUAAAAUCCCCCAAGCCUGCUGCUGAUGCUUCUCAACCUGAGGACAAGGGGUCAUUACAGGGUGAGCUCUCAGCCAGCAAUGACAGUCUGGCUGACAACAGCAACCCUAAGGGAAAAAAGGGGCUAUUCAGUGGAAUCCUUAAAAAGACCCCCAAAUCAUCUGGAGAUGAAACACCUGCGCAGGACAAUCUUGCAACAUGCAGUGAGCUCUCAGUCAGCAACAACAGCCUUUCUGAUACCAACAACACCACGGAAAAAGGAAGUUUAUUCAGUGGAAUGUUCAAGAAAUCUCCUAUUCCUGCCGAUGAAGGCUCUCAACAAGAAGAGGAGAGAGGUAAAUUCAGUGGAAUGUUCCGAAAAUCACCUAAACCUGCCGAUGAAGGCUGUCAACCAGAAGAGGACAAGCGGUCAUUACACAGUGAGCUCUCAGCCAGUAAUGACAGUCUCUCUGACAACAGCAACCCUAAGGGUAAAGGUAUAUUCAGUGGAAUGUUCAAAAAGGCUCCUAAAACAGCUGAAGCCUCGCAACCAGAAGAGGAUUCAGAUUUGGAAACAGACUGUAAUGACAACCUCUCAGAAAGCAAGGAAAAAACAGGGAUUUUGGGACUCACUGGGAUUUUCAAAAGGUCUCCAAGACCAUCGCCAAAGCCAUCCCCACGCUUCACUGUUGAUAAGGACCCUCUUACUGAGUACAAGGAACUCUCUGCCAGCAAUGACAGCCUCUCAGACUUCACCACAAUUAAGGAAAAUCUCUCUGCACAAAGAGAACUCUCAGCCAGCAAUGGUAGUUUUUCCGACACUACAACCACCAGCAUAGAGAAAAAAGGAGUGUUUGCAGGAAUCUUCAGGAGAACUCCAAAACCUUUCGAGCAACAGGACAGUAUGGACACAGAGCCACCUGUGAGAGGUAGUCAGCUGAAGCGCCGGAGGACAAUCAAGAAGAAGAGACGGGUUGUGUCAUUCCAAGUGAAAAGAACUCUCCCGACGAUUCCAAAACGUACUGCUGCUUGGGACUCUGAUAAGGAGCCUAUCAUUGAGGAGGCUGUGGAGUUGCAAGGACUGGCCCCACUGCAGGAGAGCACAGUGGAGAUCCAGCCUGUGGAGAUGGCAGCAUACCCCACUGAUGGAGUCAACCUUUUGGAGUCUGAAGAGGAGAGCGACGGCCUAUUGGACUGGUGGAGAUCAGUCGAAGGUUGGGAGCAAUGGAAUGAAACAUCCCAUUUCCAAGAGGAUGAAGCAGAUAUGGCGGUGGAGCAGGUGGCUGACCGUGUGUUCAUGGCGGCUCGGCUGUUUGUGCGUCUCUUCAACCAGCGGGGAGCGUCACUGCAGGGCCGUAUCCUGGAGCUGCUGGCCCAGGCCGACGCUGCCGACCAGUUCCACAAGAGGACGGUGACGGCCGCUGUAGGGGGUGGCGUGGCCAGCGUGUGUGGCAGUGUGGCCACCAUCACCGGCCUCAUCCUUGCCCCCUUCACCUUCGGAGCCUCCAUCAUCGUCACCGCUGUAGGCAUCUCCGUGGCGACCGCUGGAAGCAUUGCCUCGGCAACGGCCAACAUCACUGAUACAGUGCACUCCAACAUGGACUGUAAGAAAGUGGAGAAGAUGAUUCAGGGCUACCAGGAGGAGAUCAAGGAUAUCAGGGAGUGUAUGGAGUUUGUACAGGAAGGUAUGGAAGCUCUGCAGGAGGGGAACUUUGAAAAGUACACUGAGAGUGCAACCAAGAAGGCUCUGAACCACAACAUUAAGCACGUGAUGAAGGAGGGGGGGCGGGCCGGAAAGAAACUGAUGAUCAACACAGACAAGCUCAUCAGCACCGUGCAGGUUCUAGGCGUGGCAGGGGGGGCCGCCAAAGCAGUUAAGGCCAUCAGCGUUACCACGGGCGUCAUGUCCGGUCUCUUCCUCGCACUUGACGUCUUCUUCCUCGCCAAGGAUUCCCAUGAGCUGCGCAAGGGCGCCAAGACAAAGUUCGCCUCCGAGAUCCGAGAGAUGUGCAAGGACCUGCAGGACGGGCUACUGGAGCUGAACAAGGUGAAAACCCAGCUGCAGAAAACCAUGGAUGGGAUCGAGCUGGAAGAGUACGAGGAGGAGGAGGAAGUGGAGGUGGAAGUGGAUGAUGACCUGGAGUCAGACCCAGUUAAACUCGCUCAGCUGGAGCAAGAGCUGGACCAGUUAGAGGAGAAGUUGGACAAGAAGGUCCAGGAGGAACAGAAAUGGAAUAAAAGCAAGGAGGAGGCAGCUAAGAGUGAGGAAAGGGAAAUGAAGGAGGAGAAGAAUAGUUCAAAGAAGGAUAGUAAUAAAGAGGAGGGAAAGAAGGCGAGACCUAAAAGUAAAACAAUUGAGUUGGGUGAGACUGAGAAAGUGGAGAUGGAGAAAGAGCGGACGACUGAGAGGGGAGACACUAGUGGUAGUGUGAAAGGUGAUACUAGCAGCGUUCAGAAUAAAAAAGGGUCAGAGAAAGGGAAAAAGAAAGAUAAAGGAAUGGAGAGUAGAAACACCAAUGAAAAAGGAAAUGUUGAGGGCAAAAAAGAGAAAGGAAAUGAUAGAGGCAGUACGAAUGAGGAGGGUGAAGAAAAGGCAAGAGAGACUGAAAAACAAAGAGGUAGAGGCAAUAAAAAUGAGCUGGCUGAUAGAAAGAAAGGGAUUUCAAAUGAAAAUGUAGAGUCUGAAAGGGGGAAGAGUGAAAGAUUGAAGGAACAAAAAGUAGCUGGAUUGGAGACUAAGAUGAGGGUGAGGGAAACUUCAGAAAGAGGAAACGCAAGCAGACAUAGCAGCAAGACUGACAAAGAGCAAAUCCCGAAGAGGAGUCCGAGGGAGUCAGGCAGUAGAGAUGAAAUACCAGCGAUUGCUCCAGAGAGAAGACGCAGUAAAGAUCUUAAGUGUGGGAGCAUAACUGAAACGGGUGAGAUGGAGAGAACGAGUAAGACUGAAAGGGGUGGGGUAGAGAGGGGGGUUAGGAACUGGAGAGCAGAAAUGGAUAGGGGAAGUCAAGAUAAGCAAAGUGUUGACUUAAAGGGAGACUCAGAGAGGGGGAAGACAAAAGAGGAAUCUGAGGUGAAAAGAACGAGUGGGGUUGAGAGAGGGACAGCUAAAGGGACCUCUAAGGAGGAAGGAGUGAUGGAGAGAAUGUCCAGGAGGGAAAACAAAGACAGGGAGUUGGGGUGUAAGAGGGAAAGAGCUGAGGAAAAGCGUGGGAGUAAGAUUGAGAAAAUGCAAAGAAAAUUUGAAAGUGGUAGGGAGGGAGGCAUCAGAAAUGAAGAUGAGGAGGUUCAUCAGAGUGAAAGGGACAGGAAGGAGGGUGAUGUUGAAAGGAAAAGGAGAGAUGGUGAUGCUGAGCAGAAGCCUCUCCGCCAAGGCGCUCAUCCACGCUCCAAAGCCAUCUGCCAAUUUUACAUCUGAUGCAUUAUUAACUGAGUACUUAAAGAAGUAUUCUAAAAGGGAUUAACCUAGUGUUUGGUUUUAUAUUAUUUACUUGGAGACAAAUUGAGACAAAGACAGUCAGUGUUUUAAAUAUUUGAUAGAGCAACGGAACUCAAAUGUGCCUUUUUAUACACAUUUCUCAUGACAAAGAGAUUUUUUAAACUGUAAAGAUUGUUGUAUGAAAAUGAAUUUCCCAUGGACAGACAUACAUAAACAAUUGUCUGGAAGGAAUGGGAUGUAUGGAAUAAUAAUAAUAACAAGCAGCAGAAGUUCCGGUUUUGAGGUUUUUUUGUCACUGGUUGUCUGGACAAGUCACAAUUUCGCAGGUGUUAGCAUGUUUAGAAUUUCGGAAGUGAAGUGGACAUUCGGCCAUAACUUUCAAAUAUGGUGGAGCUCCUUGUUCCGCUCCUCAUUCUAGCAUCUCUUCCAUCUCUUCACUUAACAUGUGUGGACCUAGAAUUUAAUCGAGCACCUGACCAGAUGCUGGGGACUUUAGUUCUCGGUUAACCAACAUUAUAUGAACAAAUCGCUGUCCAAAAGUUGGUAGCAAUUCAUACAGAUGUCAAUUAACUCCAUAGGAAGAGUCGCACUGACUCAAAGCACUUUAUAGAGCAAUGGCUGCUGCUCAUUGGGCCGAUUCUGACCCGAAUUAAGCGCACAUAAAUGGAACGUAAGCAAGAGAAAAGCAUGCUAUUCACCCGCUAUUUGUUCGGGGUGGAGAUCUAAUGGAGGUGUGGCAGAGGUGUGUUUAUAGAUCCUCCAUAUUCUAAUUUUGCCUUAAUUCCCUCAUAAUUCCACCACCUUUAUGCAAAGGAAAUCAUGAAUAAGGUUAGAACGAACCUGCCGGUUUCAAGUGGGAAAAGCAUCUACUUUAUUUUAUUUUAUAUAUAUAUAUAUAUAUAUAACAGCAUUAUCCAUGCACUGUAAUACAUACAUUGAUAAGAGCUAUAUAAGUGAGUAACCCGUUUGGAGAAAGGGAUUGAAAAUACACAUAGCAAUUGUUUUGGAUCAUUCAUCGUCAUGAUCCCUGGAGAAGAACGUGAAACCAGUCAUAUGGAAGAAAACUGAAAAUCAUAUCAACAUGACAUGUAUUGCGGCCCCUUUCCCAAAGUGAAGUAGGCUCUAAAGAGCUGUACCGUUAUUAUGAAUUUUAAUUGUGCGCCCUCAUAAUUUGCGUAGAUGAAAUUUGGAGAUCCAAGCUAUAGGUUUCUGUAGAGCUGAACCUGACGAUUUGAUGCAUGCGCUUUCGAAUGUUUUAAUGGUAUGCCCGGGCAUUUCUACGUUUUAUUUUACAAUUUGUAUCAUGUUAAAUAUGAUCCACUAUUGGGAACCACCACCAGUAAUACCCACAUACAUUUAUAACUGUCACGUUAAUGUUCGUUUUCUUCCAUUUGUAGCUUCCAUUUUGCAUCAUUCCGUUUACGUGUCUUUCCUCUGUCACGUCUGAGGAGUUGUUCCCGAGGGUCGCUAGCGUUAGUGGUUCAUAUUAGGCGAAUGUUGUGCAAUAAUUUGGGACAUGUAGCCUAUUUGAAUCAUUAUGGAACUCAGACCACACGUAGCAGGUUAAACCUGGAGCCUGGCACACGGUUCACGACGACUGGACCAGUCACAUAGUUCCAUGAUUAGUGAGGAAUAGGAUAGAUAUAAUUAUUGUUCAUUCCUAUUGUGCACUUUUCCCCACCUUACAAUAUUUAAUGGAUUGAAUAUGACAACUUUCAGGGUGUAUUUUCUUUAUUCAUAAAUGCAUUCUGUGCGUAAAUGUUCUCCAAACCUGUUUUUAAAAAAAAUGAUUCAUACAUACUUUCUUAACCCUAAAAUGUGUUUAAAUAAUCAGAGUAUUUUUAAAUCUACCAGUUGGUGCUGAAACGGAGACGAAUAUGCAUAUAUUUAGAUGGCUUUCUUUUAUUGAUCUCAAUAUUCUGAACCCAUUCUCAAUGUAUUCUAGUCAGUCUGUUGACAAUUUGAAUUUUAAAAAAUGUACACAGUAUUUAAAAGGGAUGGCUUAAAAUGAACGUAGGUUACUGAAAAUCCUGUUGAAAGAAAACUGACCAGGAAGUGAGAGGGAUUUCAGCAGUUGAAUUAACCUUUUCAUGGGUGAGUUCCAAAUAUCUUUAACGGUCCCCAGCGUGCUUUUUUAAUGCACGUGAUGCACAGAAUGCACUCAUUUUCAUUCAAAAAUCACU